AUGGCCUGCCCAUUCGACUCACUAGAACUGUGUACUCUAUCCACUCUUGCUCGAUCAUCGCCUUCCGGAUCCAUCGGCCUAGCACCUACUUUCGAACGCUUCGAGCAGAGGUCCCCCGCCUAUCAGAUAUCCAAAGCAGCUCCAAACAGGCUGACGGCGCAGUAUUCUGCUGAGUAUGCCAAGGAGGGUUUCGUGGUCCUUGCCGUAUCCCCUGGAGUAAUGGGUCAGCACGCCGACAUCUCCACGGAGACGAGUGUUAAUGCAGUGCUGCAUAUUCUCGAUACCAAAGGCAAGGAAGAUUCGGGCAAGUUUUUCAAUAUCCAUGUCCCCGGUUGGGAGAAUGCUCCAGCUCUUAAUCAGUAUGAUGGCGAGGAGCUUCCGUGGUAG